UCGAGCCAACGACAACAAACCACAAACUUGCCGAGCCGACGACGACGGACGACCGAAAGAUACCGGCUUAGGACGGAUUUUGAUCAACAUUGCAAACCGAACCGAUUCAGUCCUAUCGCGAACGGCAAACCGAACGGAACGCAAAAUUUUGGUGUCCCCCAAAAGGCGACGACGACGACGACCGGGAACAAGAAUCGGAAAUCGGGCGCCGCGAAAAUUCAAAGUGCCGAAACAACUAUCACACGGUUUUCCCAAUCGUUAUCAACUUUUCCCUGUUUUUGAAGUGUGAGCAAAAGAAAAUCGGAAUCGUAAUCCCAAAAUCAGAAGAAAAAAUGUGAACAACUUUUGGGAAGUGCAAAAAUUUAAAGAAAAAAAAAUCCGUUAAGAAAUCCCUUUGAUAGUUUUGAGUUGGGAAAUUGGUUUUCCCUCUUAUUGCUUGGGAAGUUGGGCAGAAGAAGGCAAAACGAAAAUCGAAAAGAAAAAGUGCAUGGUGAAUGGUGUUUUUUCCUCGCUUAUUCAAACCGAGAUAAGAAAAGUGCGAGUGACAAAUUGCUUCGACCUGAAGAAUUUUUGACGAGUCUCGACAAGCAGGAUAAAAGUGGUGUCCCACCGAAGUUUGCGGGAAAACGAGAAACGGCGUUUAAUCUGUGAAAUCUGCUAUAGAUUCCAUACCUCUUCCAGUCAACAUGUAUAAGCUAGCCAUAGUAUUGCUGGUUUUCAGCAUAGCAGAAGCCAACCGAAUCCGUCAGGAAUAUCCGGGACCUUUCUGCGCGUCUCGACGAUACGAUAAAUGUUGCAACAGUCGACAGGACGGAUGUUCACAACCAAUCUCCACAACGCUAUGUUACUGUGACGAAUUCUGUCAACGUGGAGAACAUGGCGAUUGCUGUCCAGAUUACGAAGAAGUCUGUCUAGGGAUAGCACCGGAUCCUCUACAAGAGGCAUGUGUCCACAAUGGACACACCUUUACGCCGUUUGAUCCACCCGUUGUCGAUAACUGCAACACCUGCAAAUGUCAAUCAGAUGGAACCGUAUCCUGUAGUGAUGACGUUUGUCUAGUGGACAACGCACUGCUGAAACAGUUGGAUCAUCUGGAGCGAUCGAUCGGAUGGCGUGCCAGCAACUACAGCGAAUGGUGGGGACACAAGUACGACGAGGGUAAAACCUUCCGACUGGGAACGUUCUAUCCGAAGUUCAAGGUUAAGUCGAUGAGCCGAUUGACCAACGGACAGGAACAUCUGCCGACGCACUUCGACGCUACCACCUACUGGCCCGGUUUUAUUGGGGAUGUGAGGGAUCAAGGUUGGUGUGGAUCAUCGUGGGCGGUGUCGACGGCUUCGGUGGCUUCGGAUCGGUUCGCUAUUCUGUCGAAGGGACGUGAAAUCGUUCAGAUGGCUCCGCAGCAGAUUAUUUCCUGUGUGAGGAGGACCCAGGGUUGUAGCGGUGGUCAUCUGGAUACGGCCUGGAACUAUGUGCGGAAAGUAGGAACCGUCAACGAGGAGUGCUACCCGUACAUUUCGGCGCAGAACGUGUGCAAGAUCCGCCCUUCGGAUGAUCUGGUAACGGCAAACUGCGAACUGCCUACCAAAGUCGAUCGCACCAACAUGUACAAGAUGGGACCCGCCUUUAGCCUCAACAACGAAACCGACAUCAUGAUCGAAAUCAAGAAGCACGGUCCGGUGCAAGCUAUCAUGCGAGUUCACCGCGACUUCUUCUCCUACAAGAGUGGCAUCUAUCGUCAUUCAUCGGCCUCGACGUCGGCGGAUCAACGGGCUGGAUACCAUUCUGUCCGGAUUAUUGGCUGGGGUGAGGAACGAAAUGGCUACGAGGUGACCAAGUACUGGGUUGCCGUUAAUUCUUGGGGCAAAUGGUGGGGCGAAGAAGGUCGCUUCCGUAUUCUGCGUGGUUCCAACGAAUGUGAAAUCGAAAGCUACGUCCUAGCAUCGCUUCCAUACGUUCAUCAGCAGGUCAAACCCAUGCGACAAGUCGGAGAGUUGCAGGAAAUGAUCGUCGGAACCGGAUACGUUCCUCAUCCAAGCCGGAGAUAUCCACCUUACGGGCGGCGGUCAGGUUGAAAUUCCAAAACCGGAAAGAGUUGUAAGAACUGUACAGUAUUACCAUUAGGAAUCGAAAAUAAAAAAUGAUGAACGGUUUGAGGUCAAUGCAAAUGGCCGAGGGACACUCUUACAGGAAUCAACGAAUCCUCCGCCUGUGGCCUAGCCCAUCUCCAAACCCCCGGAAAAGAAUCUGCCUGUGGUGUAAAAGUUACUCAGCGCGCAAAAUUUCUAUAGUUUCGAACUUGUAAACUGCCUGAUUUAAUGUUCAAUUUUAAUUUAAACAAACACUUUCGACAACUUCUCCGGAACACUAGUCGCUGACAAUGCAAAACAUCUUAAAGUGUUCAAAUCUCUCAAAUUAAAAAAAAAACACAACCCCUCAGCAGCGGGGUGUUUUAUCGAUAAACUCUAGGUUAAAAAACAACACUUUAUUGUUUAAGUUAAAGUUACCCUUAUCAGUGUAGUACGACGUCGUUUUGGAAAAACGGAAAUGUAUCUAUGUUAAAACAAAAAUUUCGAUGGUGCCAAAUUUCAGAUAGGUUCAAUUUUUGUUGAAUGUUGCACAACGUCUCUGACAACAUAUUUCGAACAGAAAACAAAGUGAAAAACACACAUUAACAGUGGAAAUAUAAAAGGUAUACAAAGAAAGAGCCUAGACAUAUGAAUGAAUAUGAUAUUUAAUUGCAAACUAUUGCAAGAAAACCAUGAAUAAAACGCUACAUGUGUUAGGUUAAAGCAGAGCCAUUGUUGUAAUUAUUGUAUGUUUAUUGACGAUAUAGAGAAUAAAAUGUGUUCAGAA